AUGGCCACCACAACGUCAGUAGGUCUCCUCCACACGCACGCGCACGCGUCGCUGAGCAAGCCCAUCGCGCAGCGUGCCACCGGCCUGCUCUCCCACGAGCCAUGCGUCCCCUCGCAACUAUCCUCCGUCAAAUUCCUCUCUGGCUGCGAUUCCUUCCCGAACGCCAAGCUCACUGCCACCUCCGCUUCCUCAGGCUCCCUAUGCGUCCCCGGCGCGUUCCCCGCGGAGAAGCGGGGCCUUAGAGUGGUAGCGGGCGGGCCCGGGCUGGCGGGGGAGCAGGAUCAGGGGCAGCAGGGGUCGUCGGACGACUUUCCGCCGGUGCCGUCGGGGCGGAUGAUGGUGCCGAUGAUGAAGAAGGGCUACGGCGCUUUCGGCGGCGGUGGAGCCACGCUUGAAAAGUCCAAGCUCGACCUUUCGUUCUCGGCCACCAAGACCACCCCUCAGAUUGACCUGGGCGGUGGAGGUGGUAACGUCGGUAAGGGCGGAGCGCACGGCGGAGGCGACGGCGGCGACGAUGGUGGCGACGAUGACGACUACUUCGGCGAGGACGACGGCGACGACGGUGACGACGACGGUUUCAUUCGUAGAGCGAUCAUCUCCGAGGUGUUCGACAGGGCCUCGGUCGAGGCAGUGCUGCAGGAGUGGUUCCGAUCCAUGGCGGACCUUCCUGCCGGCAUCAGACGAGCCGUUGAAAUGGGUCUGGUGAGCUCGGCGCAGAUCGCGCGCUUCAUGUCGAUCGACGCGCGCCCCACCAUCGCGCGCAUCGUCUCCCGCGCUACCCCCGCCGAGGUCUCGCGCGCAUUCGUCGGCCGCAUGAUGGCGGAUCCAGCGUUCAUCUACAAGCUGCUGCUGGAGCAGGCGGUCACCGUCGGCACGUCCGCUUGGUGGGAGGUCAAGCAACGCGGCGACAGACUGAAGGACGAGUGGGGCCUGGCUCUCACGAACGUUCUCACUUUGUCGCUGUGCAACGCGGCGGUGGUGUGGUCGCUCUCCCCCACGCGCUCCUACGGCUCCACCGCCACAUCAGAGUGGCAGAUGGCGCUGCAGAAGCUGCCCAACAAUAUGUUCGACAAGAGCUACCCUCUGCGCGAGUUCAACCUGCCCGCCCGCGCCGGCAGCUUCUUUUUUAAUGCGGCAAAGCUCAGCCUUGUGGGAUCCACGGUCGGCGCCCUGGGGGGCCUUGCCUCCAACGCCAUUCUCUCAACUUUUUCUAAGGGCAAGGAGGGAUUCCGGCCAUCAGUGGUGGUGCCGUCAGCCAGCACGAGUGCAGCGGCGUACGGGGCGCACACAGGGCUGUCAGGCAACCUGCGCUACCAGCUGCUGUACGGACUCGACCGCAUGCUGCAGCAGCACUUCAACCACAUCCCCGUUGCCGUGCUGGGCACCACUGCCCUCAGGUGUGGCAACGUUCUAUUGGGCGAGCCGUCUCGCCUGAUGUGGCUGGGGAUGGACGGAGAGGCGCAGCAACAGGCCAAGGCAGAGCAGCAGGCGUACCGCCGCCCGUCGCGCUCCUCCGGUGCCGGUUCUAAGACUAACUCGUUCCUGCAAUCACUGCCCUUCGGCAAAAAAUCAGAGGAAGCACAGCCCAAGAAAAAGAGUGCUGCUAGGAGAGUGACCAAGGCUGCCGCUGCAGGAGGGGCUGAGAGUGGGGCAGAGGCGGGUGCCGUAAGUUCAGAGGGGGCGGAGAAGGUGCAAGGGACGGGAGGUGCAGCUCGCACGACAAAGCGUAAGGUCAUAGCGGAGAGCCUUUCAACCGCGUCUUUCAUUCGUCGGCGCGCGCAUCACGAGGCUUGCGCGCAUGGGGCGGGACAAGAUGAUGCUGACUAUAACGCGCGUGAGAAAGCUGAUAGUGGCGGUGGUGACUAUAACGCGCGACAGAAGCAUCUCGACGCGUACACAGCGGACGACGACGAGGCGACUGUGCGACGUCGCCUGGCGGCCGAGGGGCUGGAGAUGCGCGACCUGGUGCCACGUGGACGAAUGAGCGCGUGGCACGUGGCCAUCGUGUUCGUCUAUCACAUGCUGCCGUACACGCCCCUCCCCUGCACGCUCGCCACGCUUGCUUGCUUCUAUGGGUACAGGGCGUACGGUUGGCAGGGCGCAGUGGCAGUGGUCCUGCUGCUCCUCUUCCUCCGCCUCAUCCCGCUCUAUUACAACUCCGCCUGGCGCAAGAAACUCACUUUUCUGUACGAGGCAAUGGCACACUACAUGACACGCGUGCGCGUCAUCGUGCCAGCUCAGCAGGUGCCACGUGGCGGGUACCUAUUCACGGCGCACCCGCAUGGGCGCAUGUUCUACAGCAGCAGCAUGCUCAUCCAGACAGCACACCUCUGGAAGGACACAUUCUGCCCCCACGGCGAGCUGUUCGGGGCGGCCAACAGCACCUUCUUUGAGGUCCCUGUCAUCCGCACCAUGUUGUGCCUGGCUGGGGCCAUCCCUGCCAGCCGCGGCAGCAUCAUUUCAAAGCUCAGGCACGGCGACCAUGUGGGCAUAGUGGUGGGAGGCAUCAGGGAGGUGUGUCUGGGCACCAACCCUCACACGGACGUGCUCUACCUCAUGAGGAGGCGUGGGUUUGCGCGCAUAGCAGUGGAGGAGAAAGUGGGAGUGAUUCCAAUGUACUGCUUCAAUGAGACCCAGCUGUUCAAGCACGAUCCACUCUGGCUGCUCCAGUUCUGGGCUGUGGUGAACCGCUAUUGGCGUAUUGGCGUCCCGUUUAUGAGGGGGGUAUGGCACAUGCCCAUGCCCUUCCGCAGGGAGCUAUUAAUUGUGGCCCAUUUCCCCGUGCCAGUGCUCUCCGAUAACCCCGACGGGUGGGGUCCCACCACUCUCCCCGAGCAGUUUAAAGACGUCCCGUACGCGCCGUUCAAUAAGGGCGACCGCGUCGGCCGCGCGGCGGACUGGACUUCUCAAGGAUACCGUCGCUACGAUCGUGAUCGCCAGGGUGGGGCGGGCGGGGUGAAUGCCGCCUUCUCCUUCUUCCAGGACCAGGAUGAGGACUCGUUUCAACUGGUGGACACCAAGCCCGUGCAGAAGCCUCGCUACGGCCCCCGCCGCUUCUUCCAGAAUCGGUUCCAGAACCGGCGAGGGGAGGAGGGGAAGCGCGACGGGCGCGACAGCGGCGCGGGCGCGGACAGGGAGCGGCAGCGGCAGCAGCGCAUGCAGCAGCAGAAGCGCGGGCAGUGGAACCCGUACUACGACCGCAACGCGCAGCGCGCCACGUACAACAGCUCAGUCGACAUCCGGCCCGAGUGGGUGGUGCUCGAACAGAUCCCCCUCUCCGCGCUCUCGAAGCUCUCCUUCAACGCGGGGGAACCGCAGGACGUUACGACGUGCGGCGCGCUCGAGUAUUACGACAAGAUGUUUGACCGAGUCAACCCCAAGUCGGAGCGGCCAUUAGAGCGGUGCGAAACACGCCAGUUCCACAAGGUGACGACCAGCGACGACCCCGUGGUGAAGCGCCUGGCGGCGGAGGGCGGGGACGCGCCAGCCGUGUUCGCGACGGACGCCAUCCUCUCCACGCUCAUGUGCGCGCCUCGCUCCGUGUACUCGUGGGACGUCGUCGUCCACAAGAGCGGGGGGAAGCUGUUCUUCGACCAGCGGGACUCGUCCUUUGAUCUGCUCACGGUGAACGAGACGGCAACGGGCAUAGAGCCGGCGGCAGAGGACAGCAUCAACGGCAUCGCGUCGCUCAGCCAGGAGGCCACGUUCAUCAACCAGAACUUCUCCCAGCAGAUCGUCAACAAGAAGGGAGCGAAGCGCCAGUUCGCGGAGGCGAAUCCGUUUGCAGCGGAGGGCGAGGAGGUGGCAUCUGUGGCGUACCGCUACCGCAAGUGGAUGCUGGAUGGGGACAUGCCAUUGGUGGUGCGCUGUGAGCUGGACGCGGUGGUGGACAUGAGGGGGCAGGAGAUGCUCGCCACAGUGAACGCGCUCAACGAGUUUGACCCCAAGGUCACGGGCGUGGACUGGCGCGCCAAGAUCGACAACCAAAGGGGCGCGGUGCUAGCAACGGAGCUGAAGAACAACAGCAACAAGCUCGCCAAGUGGACUGCACAAGCGCUGCUCGCAGGGGCCGAUCUGAUGAAGCUGGGGUACGUGUCGCGAGUGUUCCCCAAGAACAACCUCAAGCACACCAUCCUCGCAGUGCAGGCGUACAAGCCUCGCGAGCUCGCGAUGCAGAUCACGCUCUCGUCCACCAACAUGUGGGGCAUCGUCAAGCACAUAGUGGACAUGUGUAUGAAGCUCGAGGACGGCAAGUACCUCAUUGUCAAGGACCCCAACAAGUCCUUCCUCAGGUUGUACGAGGUGCCAUCAGACGCGUUUGACAACGACUAUGUGGAGGAGCCCCUGGCCGAGGAGGACCAGGCACCGCCUCCCCCCGAGGCAGCUGAUGGCGAUGCAGAGGCAGCAGCAGCAACUGAUUCCACUGCUGCUGCGUGA